ACAAUGCAAUGAUGCAUAUAUAAAUAGAACCAAGGACGGAUAAACAAUUAAACAGAGCCAAAUCUGAUAAAAACGACGGACGCAUAAAAAAGAAAUGAGCAGUGGAGCAGGGAAGAUCGUGUGCGUGACCGGUGCCUCCGGGUACAUUGCUUCCUGGCUCGUCAAGCUCCUCCUCCAGCGUGGCUACACUGUCAAGGCCUCCGUUCGUGACCCUAAUGAUCCUAGAAAGACAGAACACCUGCGUGCACUUGAUGGAGCUCAGGAAAGGCUUCAGCUGUUCAAAGCAAACUUACUGGAUGAAGGUUCCUUUGAUUCCGUUGUUGAUGGUUGUGAAGGUGUUUUUCAUACUGCAUCUCCUUUUUACCAUGAUGUCAAAGAUCCACAGGCAGAGUUGCUUGAUCCAGCAGUUAAGGGAACACUGAAUGUUCUCACCUCGUGUGCAAAAUUCCCCAAAAUCAAACGAGUGGUUUUGACAUCUUCUAUAGCCGCAGUUGCAUACAAUGGAAAACCUCGAACUCCUGAAGUUGUAGUUGAUGAAACUUGGUUUUCUGAUCCAGAAUUUUGUAGGGAAUCUAAACUCUGGUAUGUGCUUUCCAAGACAUUGGCUGAGAAUGCUGCUUGGGAAGUUGCCAAGGAGAAGGGUAUUGAUAUGGUUGCAAUAAACCCGGCAAUGGUUAUUGGACCUCUCUUACAACCAACGCUCAACACGAGUGCUGCUGCAGUACUGAGUUUGAUAAAAGGAUCACAAACGUUUCCCAAUGCAACUUUUGGAUGGGUGGACGUUAAGGAUGUUGCUAAUGCACAUAUUCAAGCAUUUGAGAUUCCAUCUGCUAGUGGAAGAUAUUGCUUGGUCGAGAGAGUUGCACAUUACUCAGAAGUUGUGAAUAUUUUACACAAUCGUUAUCCUUCAUUCCAACUUCCACAAAAGUGCGCUGAUGACAAACCGUAUGUGCCAACUUAUCAGGUGUCCAAGGAAAGAGCACAAAGCUUGGGCAUUGAAUUCAUUCCCUUGGAGGUGAGCCUCAAGGAAACAGUCGAAAGCUUGAAGGAGAAGGAAUUUGUCAGCUUUUGAGUCUCUCUAGCUCUGCAGUAGGCUUUCAAAAUGAAAUAAAUGGUCAUGUUUUAGUGUCCUUUACUGGUUUUGAUUGGUGACUUCUGGUUUAGGGAAUCCAGUAUUAGUUUUCUGGUGGUUGAUGUACUUGUGUGUGUCUAUAUGCACCACAUGUGCCUUAAACUAUUGCCUCUUCAUUACUGCUCUGGCUGAAGGAGGAAUGUGGAUGAAUACCAUCAUUUGGAAUAAAUUUAAGUUCAAUGAAAUCCAAAUUUUUGUAGC